AUGACUAAAGGGAAUAAGGUAGCGAAGCGGAAGCUAUCAGACUCGUCGAUAUCUUCGCAAAAUUCUGUCUCAUCGCCGUCACCACCACCACCACCAUACAAUAACAAAGAAAACGUUGGAAACAUCAACUCAACUGAUAAUGAUCUAUUUUCUGCAGCAGAGGCGUUAACGCAACUUACUAGAUGCUCUACACCCCCCUUGACGAUAAAUAAUCAUCUGUCAACCACGACAACUCCUGUUUCAUCGCUUUCAUCAUCACUAGAAGACAGAACUAACGACGGGAAGAGAAAAGCGGAAUAUAAAGUAAGUCAGGGUGAACAUCCGUUAGUGACAAAAGUUAGCAAAGUAUCUAAACAUCCUAUCGUCACAAACGCAGUUAAAUAUUAUGAAAACUCUAAGAGGAAUUAUGGAGCAUUUAAUUAUGCAGCUGGUAUAGUGGAAAAGGCAGCGAUUCCUGUUGUGAACAAAAUUGAAGUUAAUUUAAAUAAUAGACAUCAAGCCAGACAAUUGAAGCUCGAAGGAGAAGCUCAAGGUCCGUCGGUGACCAUCAAAAAGAGACGGUUAGGAGGUGCAGCGGAUUAUAAUAAAGUGGUUACAAUGGAAACUAAAAAAAGACUUCAGUUUUGUUUGCACCUUUUGCGUUUGGCCAAUGAUCGGAUUAACUACAAAGUAAACUUCUUACAACAAAAAGUCAUUGAUAAAGAACGUUCAAUCAAGGAGAAAAGGUCACUUAACAAUGCUAGUAAAUCGAGCGAUAUUAACAAUGAAGGUGUCGCUGAUGAAACACAAGAAGGAACCAAUGUUACAUCCGCAAACAGAGCAGAUACAAAUACUGCUACUGCUACUAAUGUUUCCUCUCAAGAUGCACAGUCGGAAGCUCAACAAACUAAGACAGAAAUUGUUGCAACAGUGAAGAAAAUUAUACACGUCAUAUCCACAUUCAAGCCCUCAUCACUCAAUACCAAUACCAUUUCUCCAGAUGGUAAUGAUGUAGAUCCUCAAUCCAGGUCAGAAGAUUUAGAAUUCAAGUCAACCAUACGUGAUAUUAUAUUAAGGUUACCGCAUACAAUCCAACAGGCUGCAAUAACAAACAACACUUCUGCUCAGCAUGCAAAUGACAAGAUAUUUGUAUUUGCCAGAGAAUCAUUAGAAAUGAUUACGAAACUAACGAAUGUUUUUAAUGGACAACUUGAGCACGCAGAGCAAUGGCUCGCAGGAGAAAUGCAGAAAGAAAGAGAGAGACGCAAAAGAUUAGAAUCUAAACAAGAAGCUACCAAGCAGCAAUUAAUAGAGCAAAAUGGGACCACUGUUCCAGGAGACUCUAAAGUCGAGGGAAGCGAAAGAAUUCCGGCGAAAUCUUCACCAGUAGAGAAAACUCAAGUAGAUGCAUCACAAAAAGAAUCAUUCCAAGAAGAAAUAAACCAGGAAGCUGAAGUUCCUAGAACUGUAACUGCAUCAGACGAGAAUUUGAAAAUAAGUUGCUAG